GACGUGGCCACGCCUCUGCCCCUGCAGGUGGCGCCGGCGGCCGUGCCCAUGGACCUGCGCCUAGACCCACAGUUCCCGCUGCCCGUGGCGGAGCCCACUCUGCGUGAGCAACAGCUACAGCAGGAGCUCCUGGCGCUGAAACAGAAGCAACAGAUCCAGCGGCAGAUCCUCAUCGCAGAGUUCCAGCGGCAACAUGAACAGCUGUCCCGACAGCAUGAGGCGCAGCUGCAUGAGCACAUCAAGGAGAUGUUGGCCCUGAAGCACCAGCAGGAGCUGCUGGAACACCAGCGGAAGCUGGAGCGGCACCGCCAGGAGCAGGAGCUGGAGAAGCAGCACCGCGAGCAGAAACUUCAGCAACUCAAGAACAAGGAGAAGGGCAAAGAGAGUGCGGUAGCCAGCACAGAAGUGAAAAUGAAGCUGCAAGAGUUUGUCCUGAACAAGAAAAAGGCUCUGGCCCACCGGAACCUGAACCACUGCAUCUCCAGUGACCCCCGCUACUGGUAUGGGAAGACACAGCACAGCUCGCUGGACCAGAGUUCGCCCCCCCAGAGUGGGGUGUCAACCUCCUACAACCCCCCCGUCCUGGGCAUGUAUGACGCCAAAGACGACUUUCCUCUGAGGAAGACAGCCUCGGAGCCCAACCUGAAGUUACGCUCCAGACUAAAGCAGAAAGUGGCUGAGAGACGGAGCAGCCCCCUGUUACGCCGAAAAGAUGGCCCCGUGGUCACCGCCCUCAAAAAGCGUCCGCUGGACGUCACAGACUCAGCGUGCAGCAGUGCCCCGGGCUCCGGGCCCAGCUCCCCCAACAACAGCUCCAGCAAUGUCAGCUCCGAAAACGGCAUCGCUCCCGCCGUCCCCAGCAUCCCUGCCGAGACCAACCUGGUGCACAGACUGGUGUCCCGUGAGAGCUCGGUGACCCAGCUGCCUCUCUACACAUCGCCUUCCUUGCCUAACAUCACGCUGGGCCUUCCUGCCACCGGCCCCUCCGCUGGGACGGCUGGCCAGCAGGACACCGAGCGCCUAGCUCUCCCUGCCCUACAGCAGCGUAUCUCCCUCUUCCCCGGCACUCACCUGGCCCCAUACCUGAGCACCUCGCCCCUGGAGCGGGACGGCGGGGCGGCUCACAGCUCCGUCCUGCAGCGCCUGGUGCUACUGGAGCAGCCACCAGCACAGGCACCGUUAGUGACAGACUGGCUGACUGGGUGUCUUUCAGGCCUGGGCACGCUGCCCCUCCACGCCCAGUCCCUGGUCAGCGCGGACAGGGUGUCCCCGUCAGUGCACAAGCUGCGGCAGCACCGCCCGUUGGGACGCACGCAAUCGGCGCCUCUGCCCCAGAACGCGCAGGCGCUGCAGCAUCUGGUCAUCCAGCAGCAGCACCAGCAGUUCCUGGAGAAGCACAAACAGCAGUUUCAGCAACAGCAGCUGCACGGGGGCAAGAUCCUCCCCAAGCCGAGUGAGCCGGCCCGGCAGCCCGAGAUCCACCCCGAGGAGACAGAGGAGGAGCUCCGGGAGCACCAGGCCUUGCUGGAGGAGCCCUACCUGGACCGACUGUCCGGCCAGAAGGGGGCACACUCUCUGGGCGGAGUGCAGGUGAAGCAGGAGCCGGCCGAGAGCGAUGAGGAGGAGACGGAGCCCCUGCGGGAGGCCGAGCAGGGUCAGCGCCAGGCCAGCGAGCAGGAGAUGCUGUUCCGACAGCAAGCCCUCCUCCUGGAGCAGCAGCGGAUCCACCAGCUGAGGGACUACCAGGCGUCCAUGGAGGCGGCUGGGAUCCCUGUGUCCUUUGGAGGCCACCGGCCCCUGUCCCGGGCACAGUCGUCCCCGGCGGCCGCCACCUUCCCCAUGUCUGUGCAGGAACCCCCCACCAAACCACGCUUCACGACAGGCCUCGUGUACGACACACUAAUGCUGAAACACCAGUGUGCCUGCGGAAACACCAACAGCCACCCCGAGCACGCCGGCCGCAUCCAGAGCAUAUGGUCCCGUCUGCAGGAGACGGGCCUGCGGGGCAAGUGUGAGUGCAUCCGCGGGCGCAAGGCCACGUUGGAGGAGCUGCAGAUGGUACACUCAGAAGCUCACACACUGCUGUACGGCACCAACCCGCUCAACCGGCAGAAACUGGACAGUAAGAGACUCCUAGGCUCCCUGACCUCGGUGUUUGUGCGGCUCCCAUGCGGAGGUGUUGGGGUGGACAGUGAUACCAUAUGGAACGAGGUGCACUCAUCAGGGGCGGCUCGGCUGGCCGUGGGCUGUGUGGUGGAGCUGGUCUUCAAGGUGGCCACGGGAGAACUGAAGAACGGCUUUGCAGUGGUCCGCCCCCCCGGACACCACGCCGAGGAGAGCACACCCAUGGGUUUCUGCUACUUCAACUCGGUGGCCAUCGCAGCCAAGCUCCUUCAGCAGCGGCUGAGCGUCAGCAAGAUCCUCAUUGUGGACUGGGAUGUGCACCAUGGGAACGGGACACAGCAGGCCUUCUACAGCGACCCCAGCGUACUCUAUGUCUCCCUGCAUCGCUAUGACGACGGCAACUUCUUUCCGGGCAGCGGGGCCCCCGACGAGGUAGGCACGGGGCCCGGCGUGGGCUUCAACGUGAACAUGGCCUUCACUGGUGGUCUCGACCCCCCCAUGGGUGACGCUGAGUACCUGACAGCUUUCAGGACAGUGGUCAUGCCAAUUGCUAAUGAGUUUGCACCAGACGUAGUACUGGUGUCCUCGGGCUUCGAUGCAGUGGAAGGACACCCGACGCCCCUCGGAGGCUACAACCUGUCCGCCAAAUGUUUCGGGUACCUGACCAAGCAGCUGAUGAGCCUGGCUGGCGGCCGCAUCAUACUGGCCCUUGAAGGUGGCCACGACUUAACAGCCAUCUGCGAUGCCUCAGAAGCCUGCGUCUCUGCCCUGCUGGGGAACGAGCUUGACCCCCUCCCAGAGAAGACAAUACAACAGAGGUCCAACGCCAACGCCGUCCGAUCCAUGGAGAAGGUCAUCGAGAUCCACAGCAAAUACUGGCGCUCCCUACAGCGCGCUGCCUCCACUGUGGGUUACUCGCUGGUGGAGGCGCAGAAAUGCGAAAAUGAGGAGGCAGAGACUGUGACCGCCAUGGCCUCACUCUCCGUGGGCGUCAAGCCGGCGGAAAAGAGGCCAGACGAGGAACCCAUGGAAGAGGAGCCGCCUUUGUAG